AUGACAUCUAUGAAAUGUGUAUCAACAAGAGUGGCAGCAUUAAUACUGUACUUGAUUCCUAUAAUAUAUUCGGUUCUUGUAUUAAUAUUUGGGUUUAUAGAAUAUAAACAGAAGAGGACAUGUAAUUUAUUAAUAAUAUGUUCAUUAUAUGCAGUAAUAAUUUUAUUGAUAUGUUUAGUAGGUUGUCUUGGAGUUAUAAAGGAAAACGCUACUUUUAUAAGAUCAACAAUAAUUUUAUUAAUUGUUAAUAAUAUAAUUAUGACAAUGUUAAUAACAUUUUUAUUAAUAGAUGUAUUACAUUCUCCUCAUGUUGUAACUCUUCAUAAAGCAUCUAAAUUUUUACAGUUUAUGGUACAAGAUAAAAAAGUUGGGCUUUUAUUUUGUUCAUCAAUAUAUUCUUUAAUAUUUUUUUCUUUUUGUUUUAUGUGGACUAUUGGGGAUUAUUUAGCUCAACUAGACGCACGCUUAUGCUUGGAAGAUUUAAGGCAAUCACAUGAUUCACUACAAAACAAAAGAAAAAAAAGUAAACACCUAUCACUCGGAACAAACGACGAAAAAGAAUAUCUAAUUAAAGUAUAA